AUGGACGACGCUCCGGUCGUUAGGCUCAGCCGAAGCAGCAGAUGCAAGGCGGUGCGACCGAGCAUCCACGGGGCAUCGCUGGAGCUGGCGGCAUCAGCUUAUCCGAGUGAAUUCCCUCUCUCCAUCCAUCUCUCUCGCGCUCAAGCCGUCGGCGACGGCGAUAUCGACAGCUAUCUUAGGGGGAGUGCCAGGAACGAGGGUGACUUUGCAGCGGUGGCGGUUCCGGGAGCGGAGGAGCAUGAAGGCAGGAAGCUCCAGAAGCAAGUCGCAUGUGGAAAGGACUCCAUUCGCUUUACCAACCGCUUAGUUUCGGAUAACAUGAAUGGCUCCGCUACGUAUCAGCUUUUCAUAAAGAACACAUGCCCUGAGGACGUUAUCGGCAGCGACGGGGAUAUCGACCGUUAUGGUAGCGGGAUUGCCAAUAGCGAGGCUGAAUCUACCGCAGUGGCGGUUCCGGGAGCGGAGGAGCAUGUGCGCAGGUCGCUCCAGCGGCAGCAAGUCACAUGUGAGCAGAACUCAAUCCUUGUUACCAACCGCGUCGUGUCAGACCAGGGCAAAGGCACCACCAAGGUGAUCCAGCUAAUUAUCAAGAACUUGUGCCCCUAUGACGUCAUCGGCAGGGACUUCUUGUGCUAUGAAGCUAAUGAUGUGCAUGUACUGCGCGACUCGGAGGCAUUGAAGGUGGCUCUAGAGUGUUUGAAGGAAGCCGGCUCCGUCACGGCCUGGGGCAGCUACCCUAACGUCGCGAGACGAACGGCGAGUGUGCGAGAGCUGACGCAAGUGGGCAUCAAGAACGCGGAGAAGCUCGCCGUACCGUCUGUCCGCAACGAUGCGCUCUUCCUCGCCACGGUGGUCGGCACCACCUCCAUCCUCGCCCUCGCUGGCACCCAACUACCAGGGGACUGGGGCUUCUUCGUGCCGUAUCUGGUGGGCGGCAUCUCCAUUGUUGUCCUCGCUGUCGGCAGCGUUGCUCCAGGGCUUCUCCAGGGCGGCAUAGGAGCCAUGGCGCCUGUAUUCUCGGACUACAAGGACCGAGUGCUCCGCCACGAGGCAGGCCACUUCCUCUUGGCGUACCUUCUGGGCCUGCCACCUGUCGCGUACUCAUUGGACAUUGGCAAGGAGCACACGAAUCUGCUGGAUGAUAAGCUGCAGAAGAAGAUCUACAGUGGCAAGCUGGAGAGUGAUGACGUGGACAGACUCGCAGUGGUGGCGAUGGCAGGGAUGGCAGCGGAGGGGCUGCAGUACGAGCAGGUGAUGGGGCAGACAGCUGACCUCAACUCGCUGCAGCGCCUCAUCAACCGCAGCGGGCUCGGCGCCCUCACCCCCGAGAGGCAGCAGAACCUCACACGCUGGGCGGUACUCUAUGCGGCUUCGCUAAUCAAAAACAACUCCAAGUCUUUUGAUGCUCUCAUGGAAGCCAUGGCAAGGGAAGCCCCUGUAGAAGAGUGCAUAGCAGCAAUUGAGAAUGCUGCGGCAAAAUAA